AAUCGGAAUAGUGCACGCAUCCAAGGUUUUCAUUCUCUCAUUCCCAUCAACAUCUCCAGUCUCCAUCGUUUAAGGUCGCCGUCUCAGCCUCCGCCUCCGACGUCGGCUCUGUCGCCGCCCAAUCCGUGACCCUAAUUCCCCUUUUUUUGGUUUCUUAUUGAUCAGUCGAAACAGAAGGUAUCUGGGUUUUGAUUAAAUGGAUACAAAAGUGCUGCAAGGUAGUGUAUUGGCAAUCACAGACAGUGUGGCGGUGCCACUUAAUGAUGUUCUAAAUGCUGUAAGAGUGGUAAAGACGGAGGCAAUUGAAGAGAUUAAUCCUUUGGUUAUCACUCAAGCUUCAUCACUAAGUUCUUUGCCAGUGGAUACAUCGUCCACUGAUUUAAUCAUAUCCAUCAGUAAGUCAUCAGUUUUUUCUAGUGAUCAGCUGUUUGUGGAAUUCUCACGAGUGUUGAAGCCUGGCGGAGAAAUCUUUAUACAUCAAAAUUCUGCCGUUGACAAAGAGAUGUCAAAAUCUUCUCUUGAGCGUAAGCUACUGGUUUUAGGGUUUUCGGAUAUACAGGUAGUACAGAUGGCAGAACCAGAGUCUUUUGGGAUUAAGGGUAAGAAACCCAAUUGGAAGAUCGGUUCUUCCUUUUCCCUUAAAAAGCCAGUGAAAAGCUUACCCAAAGUCCAGAUUGAUAAUGAUAUGGAUCUUAUUGAUGAGGACAGUCUCUUAUCCGAGGAGGACUUGAAGAAACCUGAGCUCCCACCUGUUGGUGAUUGUGAAGUUGGAAGUACAAGGAAAGCCUGCAAAAAUUGCAGCUGUGGACGUGCGGAAGAAGAGGAGAAAGUGCAAAAGCUGGGAGUCACCAUGGACCAGUUGGAAAACCCUCAGUCGGCCUGUGGCAGUUGUGGAUUAGGUGAUGCAUUCCGAUGCAGCACAUGCCCGUACAAAGGUCUUCCUCCUUUCCAACUGGGCCAGAAGGUGACCUUAUCUGAGAACUUUCUUGUUGCUGAUAUCUAGGUGAAGUUAAAAACUAAAUACUUGUUGAGACUGAAAUGCAUACAACUGAGAGCAGUGUGAAGCCAUGGCACAUGUUCUGUGGAUUUUACCUCAUUUUUGUGGUUGCUUUUUCCUUUUUGGCAAAGGAGUAGAAUAUAUCAUACUUACUCUGCUUGCAAUGUCUGUUUCUGAAGAGGUGUUUUGGAUCAAAAACUUUGGUCUCCUUUUGCUUGCUUGUAUGAAAACAGCUUGUCAGCGCUGUUUACUAAAUGUUUACUAGGUAAGCAUUUACUGAUAUCACUUAUCUUACCAAUUGAGCAUGACAAUAAUCAAUAAUCUUACCUGA